AAGAAAAAGAAAAUCAUAGAUGCUGAGUCUAUUGACAUGGUUAACUUGCUUAUUUCAAGUCCUUGUUACACGGUGCCAUGAUUUUGUGCUUUGCGCUUUUUGUUCAGAUUGAGACGGAGAAACUCCUAGCGCAGUUAGUAGAGAAUGAGAUGAACAAGAGAUUGAAAGAAGGUACUUACAAAGGAAAGAAAUUCAAUGCUAUCUGCCACUUCUUUGGCUAUCAGGCCCGGGGUUCUUUACCAUCGAAGUUUGACUGUGACUAUGCCUAUGUUCUUGGGCACAUCUGCUAUCACAUUCUAGCUGCUGGUUUGAAUGGAUACAUGGCAACUGUGACCAACCUGAAAAAUCCCGUGAACAAGUGGCGAUGUGGUGUUGCUCCAAUUACAGCAAUGAUGACUGUAAAGCGAUGGUCGCAGGGUCCUAAGGCCAUCUCGAUAGGCAAACCUGCUGUUCACCCUGCUACUAUUGACUUGAAAGGCAAAGCAUAUGAGUAUGUCCCCAAGUCUCUAUUGCUCUGA